AUGCACCGUCAACUGUUCUUUCUCAGUGCUCCAUGUAAUUUGGCGUUUGCGCAGUUCGCUUGCGGGAAGCCUGAAUCUGAAUGCACAGUCGACACACAACCUGUAUCUUAAAUAGGCGUGUUAUGUAAAGAACAUUUUCGCAAGUAAACCACCUUAGGGAGACGUUUUAUCGUACCGGAGUUUGUGCGUGCGAGAAGGAAGCCAGUAGCUGUAUGAAAGUGGACCUUUUGGUGUUUCCCACGAAAUGCAACGCGCGUAAACACUUGUAGUCUGGUCCCCCACGAAGCGUUUUAAAUACACUGUGAAGAUGUAUUAUGGUGUGUGACACCACUAUAAUCAAUACACUACAAACAGUGCCCAGUUCUCACACGCCCGUUUUCAUCUUGCCUGCUGACGGAAGCUGAACUUGGGCCGCCAAAAUGUCCGUUAGUUUUUUAAAACACAAAGAUGCCCUGGUGACAGCCUGGAAUGAUGUGUCUAAUGAAAAUUCCUCGACUGACUGGGCAGUAUUUGGAUAUGAUGGAAAGAGCUUUGAGCUGAAAGUGGUAGACACUGGGGAAGAUGGACUGGAGGAGAUGGUGGACAGCCUGAGUGGCAGCAAGAUCCUGUAUGCCUACUGUCGUGUCCUGGACCCCAACACCAACCUGCCCAAGUUUGUUCUGAUCAACUGGCAAGGAGAGGGGGCACCGACUGAAAUGAAGGGGAAGUGCUCCAGGCACACGGCUGAUGUUGCCAAGCAGUUCAGGGGAGCCCACGUGACCAUCAACGCCCGCACAGAGGAUGAUGUGGAGCCCGAGGACAUCCUCAAGAAAGUGGCCAAGGCCUCGGGCUCCAACUACAGCUUCCACAAGGAGAAGGCCGCCCCCCAGCCGGAGAUUGGCCCUGUGGGCUCGGUCUACAAGCGAACCAAUCCGCAGGCCGAGAUCAAGUCGCAGAGGAGCGACAAGUUCUGGUCCCAGACAGAGCAAGAGGAGAAACGACGCCAAACUGAAGAGAAGGCCAGGAAAGCAGCCGAAGUGGAGAAGUUGGAGAGGGAAAGACGAGACAGGGAAGAGAGGGAGGCUCAAGAAAGAGAUCGGAAGGUGACGGAAAAGAUGCGAUCUGUCGAUCAGCAAAAGGUACAGGAAAAGCGCGCCCUAGAACAGCAAAGACAAGAAGAACAGGCCAGAUGGGAGAAUAAGCAAAGGCAGAUGGAGGCUGAAACCUCACCCACCAGGCGACCGGACCGCACCAAGGAGGCAGCGGCAAUGAUCGCCCAGCGAAGUGAAAACCCUCGGGCCACAUUUGAACAGAGGGGGUCUGCCGGCCCGCCAGCCCCGGCUUCCCGUCCCUCGAGGGCCCCACCCAAGGAACCAGAACCCGAGCCUGAACCUGAGCCCCAGUACGAACUGGAACCAGAGCCGGAGCCGGAGCCAGAACCGCAGUACGAGCCCGAGCCAAUUUACCAGCCAGAACCAGAACCCCAAUUGGAACCAGAACCGGAACCAGAACCGGAACCAGAACCUGAGUAUGAGCCCCAACCAGAGCCGGAACCCAUUUACGAGCCAGAGCCCCAGCAUGAGCCUCCACCAAUGGACAGUUAUGAUGAUCAACCAGCAGGAGAAGAAACAAGCGGUGGACUGACCGCCAAGGCUCUGUACGACUAUCAAGCAGCGGAUGACACGGAGAUAUCUUUUGACCCUGACGACCUCAUCACGAACAUAGAGACCAUUGACCCAGGCUGGUGGCGGGGCACCGGGCCCGACGGCUCGCACGGACUCUUCCCAGCCAACUAUGUGGAGCUCAUUGAGUAAUCACCCUUUAAAAUGCAGACUGGUGCCUUACCAUCCGUACUAUGCUGUAAUCAUAGAUCAGAGUUGUAGUCGAGUACAUCACAUGUAGUACCGAGUACCAAGCUCACUGCAUGAAGCUGUAUUAAAGCUAGUACUGGCUCCUCAUUUCCUGUGCAAAGAAACCUUGGCCUGACCUGAGCACAGGCGUUCUGAAUUAGUGUGUAGUUUAUAGAGCAUAAUGACAUAAGAUGGAACAAAGUUUGCAUAAUGGUCCCUCAACACAACCUAUCAGCAGCAUCCUUAUGAUUUACAUGUAAUUUAUGCCUUAGCAAAAUUCAUCUGCAGUGUACAUGUGCAUGCGUUUUCAUCCUUACGAAAUCGUGCCGUGUGGUUACUUGGCUUUUGGCAUAUCAACUGUGUUACAUUGAUGCAUCAUUUUAGAAUGCAGGGGCAGAUGUGCGAAUAGCUGCUUGAUAGCCGUGCAAAAUGUCAAGUCUUUCAUAGGUUUGUACCCAAACAUGGAUGUGCCCAACAUCAUCAAGGCUUCAUUUUACAUGGAAAGUUAGUGCUCCUGUAAUUUAGUAAAGCUCCAUAGUUGACUGCCAGAUAUUGAGAGAUAUUUUGGUGUUGCCUUGGCUGAAUAGCACAUACAUACACUUGGUAUGAAAUACUUGCCACAAGAAGUUCAAGUCUUUGCACAGUUAACUUGUAGGAAUCAAACAACUUGGGGAACCAAAAUUUGCUGAACGUACUCACUGAGUUCUUUGUAAGACGGAAAGUCCCCUUAUAUUUCCGUCCUCCUCCAUUUUUCACCAUGUUGGCAGCUCACAAUUCAAUAUGUGGCAGUGGGAAAAGGUACUCGGAAAGCUCCGGACUACAACUGUGUCUUGACAAUUUUAGUUCUCAAGAAUGGCAGAAGAACUGUAAUGGAAUCAAGUUUGAUCAAGGCAUACGACUGCAUUAAAUUCUUCUCUCCUGUACUUAGAGUACUGGGCAUACUUUUCUAUUUCGUGUUUAUUUCCAAUAUAAUCCGGUUCGUAAGUGACUUUGUCAUAUAUACGGAUGCACCGCUGAUUGCAGGCUCCCAUUGUAUGAACACUCAAGAUGUAUGUUAACUGCCAGUUGCACGGUACAGUGUAACUCUAUGUGCAGUGGCCGUGGUUUAAACUGAAAUGACCGCACACUUACAAAUCGGGUAAGACAGAGUGGUACAUGUACUCUGAUAGGCCAAUCCAUUGAGCUCUGCCUCGUGGCAUGCUGACCUAUCACACCCAUGCUUCAUAUCGUUGCCGUUUUUACGAAGAGACAUUUUUGCCCCAAAUCAUGAUUUUUUCAAAUUUCUGGGUUUUUUUUUGGCAAAAUUAAAUAGGCUUUUCCAUGCCUACAUCUUGGUGUAAAUAAUUUUUACCAAAUCUACCGAGAUCAGCCAAAUCACAGAGAUCUACAUGUACCUUGGGCAAAAUUCAACUAAAGUGCAUUUUUGCAUUUUCAUAAAGAGGCGAGUUUGUCUUCCAUAGAUAUAGUGUUGGCAAUAAAGGGCAAAUUCACAGGCAAACUCAUAGUUGUUUCGCCAUUUUCACAAAGAAGCGAAUUUGACGAUAGAAAUGUAUACAAAUGUAACAAUUUUGCACCUGGCAUGCGCUAAAGCAAAAUAGCACGUGUUUUCAUGAAUAGACAAAAGUCGCAUAAAUAUUAGCAUUUUCACGAAGAUGCAAAUUAGUUUGUUUACAAAAUAAACAAUUUGUAUUGUCUUCUAUAAGUAUCAUUUGGUAGUUUUGGUCAUUUAAGAUCCCCUCUUUCGUGCAGUAGCAUCGUUUAAGUCAAAGGCAUGCUAAAUACUCAGAAACAAGUGUUGGAAAAAGAGACCAACUUCAAAUGCGAUUUUCUCGAAACCUAGAUUUUACUCUACUCCCAGGUGAGAAAUUUGCUUCUUCGUGAAAGUGGUGACGAUAUGUUGGACCCAAAUGCACAAAACGUUCAACGUGAAUGCACAUGUGAGUGAGGCAUGCUGCUGGAACAUCUAAUGUAGCACUGGAGAGGAACAAUUGUUGAUCGUCCAGGCACAGCAUGUGUAGUAGGCGAGGAAUUGGUCUAUGAAUGCGCUAUAUAUGCAGUAUUUGAGUCAAACAGAUUUUGAGAAUAAUUAUCCAAUAAGAACACACCACAGAAAAAAUCCUUUGCAUACAAAGUUGUGUUUGCCAGGAGUGAACAUGGGGCUGCAGCGUACUAAUUUCAGUAACACAUUGUCAUGAAUAGGUAUGAGGAACAUCAAUGAUACAUGCAGCUUGACGAUUGCCAUUUGCCAUCUGGCUUGUAUGAAUCUGACCUCUGCGUUCCAUUUUUAUGCCGAGUUUAGUGCUAUACUGUGUAGUUUUAAAAUUACUGUGGAUUGACAGCACAAUGGGGAUCACAGUUGCAUGCACACACAAACGUGAACUUGUGAAGAUGUUCCAUAUCAUAUCUGCUCAGAAGAUGAACAUCGGCCAUCAGUUCUACUUGUACAUCUACAUUCGCUCAUGCUGAUUGGAUGUCUAUUUCUCUGUGCACUGAACUCAUGCCAUGUCCUUCACAAGUUCUUUAAUCCUUGGCAACAACAGGUCUGGCCCAAGUCAAAAAGGUUCAUGUACUCUCUACAGCUGGUGUUUGUUUCAAUAUUGUAGGCUAAGUUACCAUGGUUCCAGAACUUUUCCUCUGCCAUGAUAGAAAGCAGCAAUAUCAGAUGCAACAAAAGGGGGAAAUUAAUACCAAAAUUUCAUGAUGGACUCUUUGUAUGAAACUCCUAUUUGUAAAGAAUUUAUUAUAAAAAGGACCCAGACUAAAGGUGCUUGUUAAAUGGAGGGCAAGAGUUGAUGGGGGGGGGGGAUUGCAGGCUCCACACUUAUCAUACAUGUGCUUGGGAUGUCAUACAUUAUUAGGCGUUUUUGAAGAAGACAUUAAUCCUGAAAAGUGAAUGUUGAUUGAUAGAGUUAGCAGUGUUGUUUUUGAGUCCAUCACAAGUCCCUGCAAGUCCACAAGAAGUUCUUUAGUCUUUUAUUACAAAAAAAUGUAAAUCGUUUUGCGUCAAUAUUUGUUAGUUUGGCAAGCCCCUUGACAAGAAUUCUUUCCUUUUGGAAAUUCUUCUGGAGCUAAUUAGAUAAUUGGUAACUUUUGUCCCAAUCAUAUGUUCUUUGUGUUUGCUAUAUUUCCCGAGAAAUGAAAUAAAUAAAUAAAUAAAUAAAUAAAUAAAUAAAUAAAUAGAAUAAAUAAACAAAAAUAAAUAGAAUAAAUAAACAAGUAAGCAAAGUCACAAACUAUUCAAGUGAACAUUGAUAAAAGCAUUCCUUUGUCAUAUCAUUCACCCAGGAAUAUUUACUCACAAAUGUCUGACUGGCUUUGUGAUUGGACUUGUGAUUUGACUUGUCAUAGGCCUUGUGAAAGGACUUGUGAUGGACUCAACUACAACACAUAAAGAGUUAGAUUUUGAUUCGCUUGGUUUAUUUAAUGAGAAUAUUAAUUAGAAUCAUGAUGAUAUACUCUGAAACAUUCCACUGAUGCAUCUGACCAUCCGAAUGAUUAUUUCACAUUCAAAGUUUGCCCAUUUAGCAAUCUUUUUACAAGCUCAAAAAUAGCAUUACAAUUUAACAAAGUGUAUCAAACUACAUUGAAGCUGAUAACUACUUGAAAUAUUCUUUAUUUUUUAUAUAAUAAUGUUUUGAUUUGAAGCCUGAAGUUGGUGGUAGAUAUACCUGUGUAUGCUAUAUCGCAGUAGUUUCAAGACACAUGUUUUUCUUUCCUUUGAACUGAAGUAUGACCAUUUGCUAGAGUGUAAAGCUUAGAACAGUUCAACUACACCAAUCUGCGGGGGGGUGGCUCUUGUGUUAAAAUAGGCUUUCGGUCAAAAUUGUGCUUUAUGAAGAUCAGCUGAGGGGCCCAAAGGGGAGGGGUGUGCUUGCUGGAGGCCCCCCUCCCUGGGAGUUGCUGGCCCCCGGUUGGCAAAAACCUUAAGCAGCAAAAUAGUUUCAUUGUUCUUGUGACGUAUCUCCCGUAGCUGGUACCAUAUAUGACCUCCAAUGCCUGAAGUUGGAAAGGGGGCUGAUAAGGCGAAACAAUUUUCUAUAUAUGUAGAUCAGAUCAAGAGUUAAACCCAAACUUAUUUUUAAUUGUUUAUAACCAUCAACAAGCAUGAGGCGUUCAGUGAUUAAAAAUACGUUAGUUUAAUAUUAAAUUUAAUCGAUGAAAGAAUUUCAGUCUAUUUUCAUCUGUUUAAUCCACAUACUUUGCACUUCAUUUUAUAUCGAUACCAAAUGUUAUGCCAGCUCAUCAGUUUGUACAUCUUGGAGUAAUAAAAACUGCAUUAAAGUAUAA